AUGUCUGCAACAAAUUCGAUCAAACUAAUUUCAAGUGAUAUCCACAGGGGUUUAGCUGAGCUUGUCUCAAAAAGAAAAACAAACUACGAUAAAAAUAAAAGAAAUACACUCAUACUUGGUUUGCCCUUAUGUAAAGUUGAUCUUAAAAGAGAAUCAAAUAACGAGGUUUCCUUUAGCAUCAGAGAAUCUGUUAGAGAUGAAGACAUUUACAUAGUGUCUCAAAUAUCUUCGGGCGAUGUCAAUGAUCGUUUAUUGGAACUACUUAUAAUGAUCAAUGCUUGCAGAACUGCUUCUGCAAGAAGAAUCACUGCUGUGAUUCCCAACUUUCCUUACGCAAGACAAGACAGAAAGGAUAAAAGUAGAGCUCCAAUCACUGCUAAAUUAGUUGCUGAUAUGUUAACAACUGCUGGUGUAAACCACAUCAUAACAAUGGAUUUACAUGCUUCUCAAAUCCAAGGCUUCUUUGAUGUUCCUGCUGACAACUUGUACGCUGAACCAAGUGUACUAAGAUACAUCAAAGAAAACAUUGAUUAUAAAAACUCAAUCUUAGUUUCUCCCGAUGCCGGUGGUGCCAAAAGAGCUGCCUCAUUAGCAGAUCGUUUGGACUUGAAUUUUGCCUUAAUUCACAAAGAAAGGGCUAAACCUAAUGAAGUAUCCAAAAUGGUUUUGGUAGGUGAUGUAACUGAUAAGAUAUCCAUAAUAGUAGAUGACAUGGCUGACACUUGUGGCACUCUAGCUAAAGCUGCUGACAUCUUGUUGAAAAAUGGCUCCAAAAUGGUCAUAGCAAUUGUAACCCAUGGCAUAUUGUCUGGAAAUGCAAUCAAGAACAUUAACAACUCUAACUUGAAUAAGGUGGUGUGCACAAACACUGUUCCCUUUGAGAAAAAAUUGCUUUUAUGUCCCAGGUUGGACACAAUAGAUAUUUCAGGUGUAUUGGCUGAGUCCAUUCGAAGACUCCAUAAUGGUGAAUCUGUUUCCUAUUUGUUUAGAAACUCACCCUUAUAG